AUGGCUGAUGAUUUUGAACAUGAAGAUGAUCGUGACGUUCGACUAUGCACAAAGACCGUGGUCAUGUAUGGGAAGGGCGAGCAGUGGAUCCCGACUCAGAAGAACGAAGAGGGCAUGGUGUGGUUUUCGGUGAACGGCAGGUGGGACAGAGGCUUCACGAAAUUUGUGUUCGGCAAGGCCCUAGAUCUCCGGAAGGACAAGGAUAGCCGGUCGUUAAACAGCAAAUUCUUCGAUGACUUGAUGACCCAGAGACAGACGACAUUCAACGAAGUCAUCCAAAAGCGCCUGCAAAGCGAAGACGACGACCAAGAGGACACCCCGCCCCAAAACAAGAAGGUCUUCAAGAGUUUCAAAGCCACAGCUGCCAAACAUCAACAAUAUGCCCCGUAUUACAUCGACAUGCAGUUGCCUGCCAUCGAGGAAGGUGGCCCGACUCCCACAGCAAAGGUUCUCUUCGAAGGGCUUGGCAGUCAUACUUUGUGGUUUGAACUUACAAAGGCGAACUUGCGACACUUGAAAGCUGGCUUUGUGAACUCGGAGAGCAAGGAGUCCGUGGACUGGAGCUCCUUCAUGCAGGUCGAGCUGCUGGGGGGCAUGGAGGAGACGGAGGGAAUGUGGACCAGCCAGUCCGGGGAGCUUCGCUGGACCAAGGGCAAGGGGUGGAGGAUCCUGAUCAAGGCAUGUGCCUCUUCCGGCACCCGGACAAAAGUGCCGAGAAGCCACCCCCGGAAGGCUGGGAAGCCCUCGACUUCGACAACACGUGGAUCCCCAGCACACUGCGGUUGGAGGACACCUCUUGGAACACCAAGCUUAUAUAUAAGGCAUGCAUGCAUGUUGCCAGGGGGAUUUCGAUGUAGAGCCGCCGGAGGUGCCGAAUCCAUCGCUUAUAACGAAGUACUCAAUUCAGCCCUGCAUGCAGGCACGGGAGCCGAUCAACUUGGUGCCUGCUGCAGAGGCACCAACUCGAAAACCGCGAAGUGUCGAGCCCUGUUUUUGCAUGCAGAUUGGCAGGCAUCAGACAGUUCAGGCUUCGAGGAGCCGGCAUGUAUACUCGCUUAUAUAUUGAACCUUUCUUAUAUGUGUUCUGGCAGGAGGUCGAAGUGGAGAUGGAGAUGGGCCCCGUGGUUCUGA